UUUUCCCUUUUCCCUGGCGUCUUCCCCAUUACCCUACGCAUACCCCACAGUGAAGCCCAGCUGCCGCCAUGACGACCGUUCAGAAAAUCAAAGACAUUGAGGAGGAGAUGGCGAGGACGCAGAGAAACAAAAAUACCGAAUACCAUCUUGGACAACUGAAAGCCAAACUUGCCAAACUUCGCCGAGAACUGAUUGCGCCUUCCGGAGGAGGUGGAGGCGGUCCUGGCAUUGGAUUCGAUGUUGCUCGAUCAGGUCAAGCAACAGUGACCGUCAUUGGAUUCCCCAGUGUAGGAAAAUCGACUUUCAUGUCCAAACUCACCGGCACUCACUCUGAAGCUGCUUCCUAUGAAUUCACUACGUUAACAACAGUACCCGGACAAAUGACAUACAACGGCGCACGAAUCCAAAUUCUUGAUUUGCCUGGUAUCAUCGAGGGAGCCAAAGACGGUAAAGGUCGAGGUCGUCAAGUGAUUGCUGUUGCUCGAACUUGUAACCUGAUCUUCAUCGUACUGGAUGUUCUGAAACCGCUCAACGAUCUGGCUAUUCUUACACAUGAACUGGAAGGUUUUGGUAUCCGACUCAACAAGAAACCUCCAGCCAUCACUGUUAAGAAGAAGGAAAGUGGUGGUAUUGCCAUCACAAACACUGUACCCCUCACCAAAAUCGAUGCUCAGGAAAUCAGGGCUGUAUUGCAGGAAUAUCGAAUGAGUAACUGCGCCGUCUCGAUCCAUCAACCAGAUGCGACCAUUGAAGAUUUCAUCGAUGUUGUGGAAGGUAACAGAGUUUACAUCCCUGCCAUCUUUGUUCUCAACAAGAUUGAUGCCAUUAGUAUUGAGGAACUUGAUCUUCUGUACAAGAUUCCCAACUCUGUUCCUAUCUCUUCCAAGCUUUGGCUUAAUGUCGACGAGCUUCUAGAGGUCAUGUGGGACAAGCUGAACCUUGUCCGAAUCUACACCAAGCCAAGGGGCCAACAGCCGGACUAUUCUUCUCCAGUGGUGCUGCAGCGUGGCAAGUGCACUGUAGAGGAUUUCUGUAACGCAAUUCACAAGGAGAUCUUGAAGCAAUUCAAGAAUGCUAUGGUAUGGGGCACAUCAGCCAAACAUGUCAGAGGGCAAAAGGUUGGGCUGGAGUGAGUCAUGUUGAUUGCAUAGGACAUUGGUACAUGCUAAUCACAGGUCAUGUGUCUUUAUAGCCAUGUCUUGGAUGAUGAAGAGUGAGUUGAUAAACAGAUUAGCUGUGCAAUGUAGACUAACAAAUUUGCAGCAUUAUUUGUAUCUUCAAAAAGUAGUGGGGUCAAAGAGGUUUGCUUCCAGUGUAUAGUCAAUGCAUUGGUCUCAUCAACAAGAUGCAGCAUCAGAGACAGUCCAGGAGGGUUACUGAGAAGCUGUUUCUCCCCACCCAGAAAAAAGUGUAGGGGGGCAGAAUCGAUAAAAUCAAAUGCAUGUGCUAAACUUCCAUGUGGGGCCCCUGCCUCCCCGGCAUCAAGCCCGCUCCGCCUUUCCUCCUGUCUUCUCCCCCUACCAAUCAUGCUGGCCUUGACCUAUUGUUUCUGCUCCAUCACUCUCUG